AUGGCCAUGUACAGUCGCCAGGCUCCGGCUAUCCCGCCACGCUCUCAAGAUCGUGCGAGGGCCUCGGCAACACUGGAUGUAUCAAGCAAGAACCAUGAAGGUCAUGAUAUAGAUUUUAUUGCCCCGGGUGAUGCUAUUCCUGCUGCUGGGGCUGGCUCAGCUCCAGAGUAUGCACCUUCGGCUGCGUCCGAGGGCGAACCAGAGCAAGAGCCAGCGGCAGCGGUGGCAGCACAUACCGGUCCAUUGCCAUCUUCCAUGCCAGCGACGGUGCCUGACACAGAUGCCCCUGCGGAAUCCGCCCCAGGCGUUGCUGCUGCUGCACCCAGUGAAGUUGCCGGCAAGCCGCAGGCAAUAGCAACAAGUCGUCAAGUUGAUACACACAAUCUGACGACUGAGGGAGGCACUGGCUCCGUAAAUUCAGCGUCAGGUUUACCAUCAGCAGUACCUACUUCGAUCCCCACAAAUGACCAGCCGAGCGCUGAAGAAUCGCAGCCCUUAUGUGCUAGCAAUAAUCGGGACGGGUUUGUCGAAGAGCAUCUUCCUCCUUCAGAUGCACGUGUGCCUAGCGGCACAGACCAGGCGACAGAGUACCCCGCCAUGUCGCAAACGGGAAUGGUGUCUCAGCCUACGAUGGAGCAAGAUAGCGUCAAUCCCCAGGCCUAUGAGCAAUUGCCUGGUGAAGAGUCUUCAUUCACGUCUCACACGCCCUUUCAUACUGGCCCACAAGAUACGCAGGAGGCAGAGGCACCAAGGCAAGCACCUUUGGCUGCAUCACAAGAAUCGGCUUUUCCAACUGCUCCUUACGAGCCGCUACGUCCUCGGCGCCCAAGUCCCAAGAGCGUAACACGCUCUCUGCGCUUCAGCCCAUCCAUGCCGUCCAUGCGCAUGCGUGAAUCGCCUUUUGUCGGGCAUACAAUGUCGUCUUGGGGCACGAGCGUUCCUAUUGCUUCAGCACUGGAUCCCGUUGCGUCACUAGACACGCCGCAACAGCUUUUCUCGCAAGCUCCCGCAUCCCAGGCCCAAGUUCCCUCCUCAGCUGCUGUGUCUCCUGGAAUGACUCAGCAGGAGCACAGAAAUCCUCAAAAAUUGUCGAUUCGCUCGUCGCGCGCCACACUUACUAACAACGGUGCAAGGUUUGUGCCUGAAGACGGUGUGCCUCCUUACGCGGAGGGUGUUCAGAUGCGAGUUCGAAAUGCAGCAUCAACCGCGUCGCUGAGCAGCGCAGUCAGAUCAGGUGAUUUGGCGGAACAGCGAGCUGCUCGGGUGCCCGAAGGGACCUAUACGAUUUACGCACCUGAGCCACCAUCGCUUGUUCGCAAGGUGCCGAGACAGCCGCGUUCCCAAAUGAACGCCUCGUCCAUGUCCCUUGCGUCUGUUGAACCAGAUGCUCAGGCUCCUUCGUCCAUUCCACCGAGCGCAUCGAUGCCUUUGUCGCUCGAGACGAAUUCAUCAGACGGUCGUGAGUCAGUCGUGGCGGCCCAGGCACAUGCACGUGAGUCUGUGCCCCCUCAUGAUUCAGAUGCUUUCCACUCCAACACUGCUCCUUAUGCGCAUCAGCAUGCAGCUCCUUUGAACGAGGACUUGCACGUGACGCAUGAGCCCGUGUCAAUGCCAGCAUCUGUUGGCACUGCGUCGCAGAAGAUGCCCUUUGACGCUCCUUCAAGUUCGGAUGGUGAGCAAGCCGCCAAGCGCCAGGUUCCUCCGCCAGAAGGGGGUGUUGCCAACGACGUAUUUUCUCAGUCGGCGCCACAUUCGUACCCUGCGGAGCUGACUUCGGAUAUGGGCAAAGUGCAACCUCAUGUUCAACAGGGAUACAACGAAGGACUUGGCUUUGGCACUUCAGGCAACGGAAGCGGAGCAUUUUAUGACCCAAAUAUGUAUCAGCCAUGGGCACCAUCCGGCACAGGUACCAAUUCACAAAUGCGUGGCUCCAGCUCGAUGCCGCUGAUGUCAACUUAUGCUCAGCCGCAGUUGAAUGCUGCAAUGCCAAUGCCAACGAGCCCCACCUGGAAUGCGCCACCGUCAACCAUGAACUAUGCGGGUGCACCGUACGGUCAACCCAUGGGAACCAUGAUGUCGCCUUCGGGCAUGAUGGUCUCGGUGCCACCGCAACCGCCAGUGCCACAGCCAGGUGCGCCAGAUGCUAUGGGUAUGAGGCCGCCAUUUGCCGGCGCUGGCUAUAUGGUGCCCUCAACAAGCGCACCGAGUCUGCUGGACUCGCAAUCGGCGAUUAUGGGCGGUGGUCCUAUGCGGCCACCAAUGCCGCCCCCAGGAGCGCCAGGUGCGAUGGAGCCACGCCCUGGUACGAUGGGGCCUGGUUUCAAGGGGCCUGUGUCCCCGCCCGGUGCACCGAAUGGUCCCGGUUCAUCGGAUCUGCGUAUGGGUCAACGUGGUUCCGAUUCGCUACACCCCCCCAAUUCGGCACCCCCAGGCAAGUCAGCCUCUGAGCGUAAAACGCCGUCGAGGCUUUCGUUUUAG